AUGGUACAUCUCAGGAGGACGAAAGCAAAGGAAGGUAAAUGGAUGCUCACUUACUUAGGUCAAGUUAUUCAAAACGAGAUAAGUAUAAGCUACAAUAACUACUUCGAUGAUGUAGACGAUAUUCGGGGACAAUGUUACGAUAAUGGUUCUAACAUGCGCGGUCAAUUGAAAGGAGUACAAAGCAGAAUUUUGCAAAUAAAUCCGAGAGCUUUUUUCGUUCCUUGUAAUCCGCAUAGCCUGAAUUUAGUAGUAAAUGAUGUUGCCAAGGCCAAUGUAGAAACGAUUAAUGUGGCCAGUAAACUUUUGCGGGAUCGUCACAUGAAUCUUCCGGAAUCGGUAAAUAUUCUUGAAGAUUUAAGUAUGUUUUUCACUGAGAAAAGAACUGACGAAGCUUUCAAAGAAUAUCUGACUGAAGCUACAAAUUUAGCAACAGCUUUAAAGGUAGACAUCGAGUUUAAAAACCUGAUGGGUACGCGACAAAGAGUAGAUGAUCCCGAGAAAAGUUUUAAACUUGAUUUCUACUUCACAAUCUUGGACGUAAUAAUCAUGCCCUUGCAAGAGCGGUUUGAGUUUAUUAGACAAUUCGAAAAUAUGUUCGGUUUUGUGUUUAACAGUACUGCCUUUCUAAGGAUGGAUAAGUUGGACAUUCUAGAAAAGUGCAAGAAUUUACAAGAAAAUCUUACAAACGAAGACGAAAAUCGCUCUGAUAUAUUAAGCGUGGAUUUGUAUGAUAAACGUAUUGCGUAA